AUGCAACAAAGAGUGCGCCUUCUGCUUCCACACCGAGAAGACCUCCUACGUCGCCCCGAGCACGACAUGAAGCGCGGACUGCGCCUGCUCAAAGAAGCCGGCAUGCUCAAGAUAAACUUCGCCGGCGGCGAGCCGUUCCUCUACCCGGACAAGCUGGCGAUGCUCUGCCGCUUCUACAAGGAGGACCUCGGCCUCGAGAGCGUCAGCAUCAUCACCAACGGCACCAAGGUGACGCGCAGCUGGAUCGAGAAGCAUGGCCGCUGGGUCGACAUGCUGGGCGUGAGCUGCGACAGCUUCGACGAGGCGACCAACACGGCUAUCGGCCGCGGCACGGGCGACAACGUGGCGCAGCUUUUCCGGGUCCGCGCUUGGUGCCGCGAGGCCGGCAUCAAGUUUUAG